AACUGGCGCGCCUUUUUGAUGAGCUUAUCCAGAAUUGUCCUUGUUCUGUCCACUCCUCUUUUAUUUCUUCCUUAUCUUUCUUAAAAAUCACUCUUUCUGUUCCUGAAUUCUGGUGGAAUUUUUCAAGAAUGCAAAGCCUAGUGCUCUCUUGUGAGAGCAGCAGCUUUCUAUUUAGACCCUCAUUUGCAUUUCCCAAUUUCUCCCCUGCUAAUCCCCCUCUAAUUGCUAUCUCCAGGUUUUCUAGGCGGCAUUCUCUUUGCAAAGAACAUGGAUGGUUUGAGGACUUCUCCAAGAUGGUCAGGACAAGGAAUCACAAAAGAUGCUACAUCACAAGGUCGGCUUAUGGUGCCGAAGAAUGCAGUAGUACAAACAGAACAGUAUUGUCAAAGAGGAAAGUUCCAAGCACUUCUGUUCUUCAAGUUCUAGAUAUGCCAUCGAACAAUUAUCUGAAAUCCGUUGUCUUUUCUGGGUUUUUCACUCUUCUGUUCACACAACAAGCAAGUGCUGCUUCGGAGGUUGCCACUGGCUUGCAAUCGUUUCCUUUCUUCGGGGACCUCGGAGAUUUAAGCACAGGUUUUGCUUCAGCGUUCUUGUUGAUAUUCUUUUCAGAGCUUGGGGACAAAACAUUCUUUAUUGCUGCUCUUUUAGCAGCUAGGAACUCUGCUGCCGUCACUUUCCUUGGGACUUUUGGCGCACUUGGGGUAAUGACAAUCAUAUCUGUUGUUCUCGGACGAACUUUCCACUAUGUCGAUGACGUUCUUCCUUUCAGGUUAGGUGGAAAUGAUUUGCCAGUGGAUGAUAUUGCUGCAGUUUGCCUUCUGGUUUAUUUUGGAGUGUCAACCUUGCUUGAUGCCUCCUCCAGCGAUGGCAUGAAAGCUGAAGAGGAACAGAAAGAGGCCGAGCUGGCAGUUUCAGAAUUUUCAGGAAAUGGUGCUGGACUAUUGUCUGCUGCAAACACUAUCAUUAGCACAUUCGCAUUGGUAUUUGUUGCUGAGUGGGGUGACAAAUCAUUUUUUUCUACAAUAGCUCUUGCUGCUGCAUCUUCACCUCUUGGAGUCAUUGGAGGGGCAUUAGCCGGUCAUGGAGUUGCAACUUUGUUGGCUGUUCUUGGAGGUUCUUUACUGGGGACAUUCUUGUCUGAGAAAGUUAUUGCCUACAUAGGUGGUACUCUCUUCCUAGUAUUUGCAGCAGUGACAGUUAUAGAGAUAGUGAGUUAAAACAACCAUUAUUUCAUUUGUUCUUCUAGCAAAAUUCUACUUUAUAUUAGUUGUUAUAUAAUAUAAACAUGAUUUGGAGAAAUUAUGAGAAAUCAGAAUAUAUUCUAGUUAUGUGCA